AUGGUUGCAGGCGUUCAGAUUCACACAAAGGUCGCCCAGAAGGCGCAAGCUGAUAUUCUCACCGAUGGCGCUCUUGCCUUCCUCGCUGCCAUUCAUAGGACGUUCGAGUCUACCAGACAGAGCCUCCUGGUCGCUCGCGAUGUUGCACAGCGCAGGUUUGACUCAGGAGUACCUCUCGACUUUCCUCCUGAAACAGCACACAUCCGUUCUGAGCCCUCAUGGCACUGUGCACCCCCCGCACCCGGCCUUGAAGAUAGACGCGUAGAGAUUACCGGUCCUACUGACCGGAAGAUGGUCAUCAACGCUCUGAACAGCGGUGCGAAGACCUUCAUGGCAGAUUUUGAAGAUUCUAGUGCUCCUACGUUCGCAAACAUGAUCAAUGGCCAGGUCAACUUGCGCGACGCCAUCAAGCGUCAGAUCGAUUUCGAGUCAGGUGGGAAGCAAUACAAAUUGUCUGAGAAUCCAGCGGCGCUUCUUGUUCGACCUAGGGGCUGGCACUUGGACGAGACGCGUGUCACGGUCGACAACACCCCUAUCUCGGGUUCUCUCUUCGACUUUGCCCUCUACUUCUACCACAAUGCCCGGGAGCUCAUCAAGCGUGGCUCAGGCCCCUACUUCUAUCUUCCCAAGAUGGAGCACUACCUCGAAGCCCGUCUGGCAACCGUCCUCAUCGAGACGCUUCCCGCAGCGUUCCAAAUGGAAGAAAUUCUAUUCGAGCUACGAAACCACUCUGCCGGACUGAAUUGCGGAAGAUGGGAUUAUAUAUUCAGUGCCAUCAAGAAGCGCCGGGCAGACAAAAGCGCCGUGUUACCUGACAGGAAGGAUGUCACUAUGACGGUGCCUUUCAUGGAUGCCUAUGUGCGUCUUUUGAUCCAAACUUGUCACAGGAGGAAGGUCGCUGCUAUGGGUGGCAUGUCUGCUCAAAUUCCUAUCAAGGAUGACCCCAAAGCCAACGAGGUGGCGAUGGAAAAGGUUCGAGCAGACAAGCUCCGCGAGGUUACCGCCGGGCACGAUGGCACUUGGAUUGCCCACCCCUUGAUCAAUCAUAUUGCUCGCAAAGUGUUUGACGAAAAUAUGCUAGGUCCUAACCAGUAUCACGUCCGACGUGAAGAUGUGAAAGUCGCUGCCGCGGACUUGUUGAGCAACAAUGUUCCCGGAAAGAUCACGGAGGACGGCGUUCGCUCCAAUGUCUCUGUGGCUCUUGCCUACUGCGGAGCCUGGAUUGGCGGAAAUGGCUGUAUCCCUGUCAACUACUUGAUGGAGGAUGCUGCUACUGCUGAAAUUGCGCGCGUGCAGCUCUGGCAGUGGGUGAAGUACGAUGCACGUCUUGACACUGGAGAGCAGAUUACUCCGCAGUAUGUCGACCGCAUCAUCGCAGAGCAGGUGCCGGGAAUCAAGAAGAUUGCCCCGGGCAUCAAGGACAAUCACUUGAAGAUUGCUACAAAAUAUCUCAUGGAUCAAAUCAGGCAACAAUGGCCGAGCGAAUUUUUGACGAGCGACUUAAUGCCGUACUUGACGAUGGCUGAUGGUGUCGAGAACAAGUGGUACAGGAGCGUUUUGUAAAAGCGUUGCGCAUGCAUGUACCUCUUUUUUGAUUGGUUUUGUUUAACGUCCCUCGUCGUUUGUUAAUGAUCACGAGCCCCGAAAUAUUGUGUACUUGUAGUAUCAUACGAACUUGUUAAUGGUUGGGCCACGAAUUUAAAGAUGUUAUGUUUAGCGUACGUGCAGCGUGCAUUACAUUUCAUCAUUCUCUGAUACGCCGGAACCAUAAGUCACAUGAAAUCUACAAUGCCAACUAUGCCUUGGAAACAUUCACAACUGCGCCAUGCGUGAGCGCGCGACUGUAGGGGCAAGCCU